AUGACUACAGUUAAACUGGGUAUAAGAGUGAGACCGUUUACGGAGAAGGAACUUAAAUCUGAAAAAGAUCGAGUUGCAGUUGUGUGUGUGAGCGAUGAACAUACAGUUACAAUAACAAACAUAAAAGUAAACGCAUCUGGCGCGGGAGACAGUCGUGAGCGUCUACGUCGAUACUUUGCUGACUAUACCUUCAACAGCGCUUGUUGCGUUACACAGCAACACUAUGCGUCUCAAGAAAGGAUAUUCGAAACCAUCGGUCAAGAAGUGUUGACAAGUAUGUCACAGGGUGUAUCUGCUUGUGUGCUCGCAUACGGACAAAGCGCGACAGGCAAAACCUACACUAUGAUGGGGACAGAGUCUAAGCCUGGCUUGAUACCGAGGCUUUGUCGGGCACUUGGAGAUGAAAAUCCGUCCGACAUUAAAGUGAGCUAUCUAGAGAUUUACAACGAGCGAGUACACGAUUUGCUCGCUGGCGAGGCGGUGCCGGCUCUCGAUACCUUCAGCUCUUUACCAAGGCGCAAGGGCAACGCUCGCAAAGAUCUGCGUGUGAGAGAACAUCCUUCUAGUGGGCCAUAUGUGCAAAAUCUACGUCGCGUGUCUGUACGCGAUGUGGAGGCUCUGCUGUCUAUAGUGGAGGAGGGCACACGUCGUCGCCGCACAGCUACCACCCGGCGCAACCCGGCAUCGUCCCGCUCACACGCCCUACUGGAGCUGUGCACUACACGGUGUACACUUCAUCUCGCCGAUUUAGCUGGAAGUGAAAAGGCAAGUUGGGAGGGUUGUGGCGGAGGAAGACAGAAAGAAGGCGCAAACAUCAACAAGUCACUAGUGGCGCUUAGUAACGUUAUUUCAGCAUUGGUAACAGGGGGAAGUAGUCGCAGCAAAUUUGUCCCCUAUAGAGACUCGGCACUGACGUGGCUUUUGAAAGAUUGUUUCACUGGAGGAGCAAAUAUAUUUAUUAUAGCCACUGUGGCACCAAGUGUUGCGUGUUACGGUGAAUCAGCUUCUACACUUCGUUGGGCAGCUCAAGCUCGUCGCCUGCAGGCUCCAAAGACUACACCUGUGACAGGCGUGGUUUCUAAAAGUGCUCUUCAAGAACAGCUCAAUCACUUACUAUCUGAACUAGAAAAACACCACAUAAGAUAUAUACCUGAAAGUGGAAAAAUAACAUAUGACGACAAGCAUUGGAUGUUAGAUGUAAAAGAUAAAAGUAUUGAAUCUCGUUUAUCAAAUACAGCACCAAAAAUAGGCAAUAUAAUGAAUAAUAUAUUACAUCCAAAACCUGAAAUUGUAAAUUUAGACUCGACGAAUUCGUCAGUGCCCAGUAGAAGUUUGGAUGAUAUUAAUGUUAUAGAUAAAAAUACAAAAAUAGUUAACGAAAUUAGAAAAGAAGUUGAUAAAUUAAUUGGUCCAACUUUAGAAAGAACUAGAAGUGGCAGUGUUUUGGAAGUCACGACACCAUUAAAACACAAAAAGAGACAAUAUGGUUCGCAAGAAGUGCUGCCUAUUGAAAAGCCUUUGCAUGGUGGAAAUAAUGAAUCCUUUUCUGAUAUACCGCAAAAUGCAAAUGAAAAGUAUUAUGAAAAAGGUACCAUUGCAACUAUAAGUCAACCUAUGCCAAUUUUGUAUAAAAACCAAAGAGCAGAUAUUGUUGCCUCUGUUACUGAAAGAUUGUAUUCGAAAUUUAAAAAAGAAGGCACGGUUAACAAAACAGACUCUAUGGUUGAGAAAAAAAUCAUGCAGCCUUUAAGCGAGUUGAAGAUUUGCACUAAUGCUCGCCAACGUUUUACGGAAUUAAGUCAAAAAGCGAUAAGGAACAAGAGAAGACUAGGUAUACCAGCCCACACACAAACAAGGAAGACAGUGAUACGAGUUAAAGAUCGAGGAAUCGAUGUUCAAACGGAUCUAGAACCGUUUAUUAAACAAAAAGAUAAUAUAGUAGUGCUAUAUCGGGACGUUAGUACUGAAACAAUUCCUAUGACACCCAGGUAUAAAGAAGUCGCAGUAGGUGAUGGUUUUUUAAGUUAUCAUGAUAAGUCCACAACUAUGGAGUUUAAGAAAAUAUUUAAGAAAAGUACUAGCGUAAUGACCGAUGUUAAAUCAGAAAGAACUAUUUGCACCCAAACUCAAGUGAGUCCUACUCCAAGAAGAAGGAAAAAGUCUCUUACAGACUCAAAACCACAUUAUCAAAAUGAUUACAAACAAAAAUGUGUAGAAAAUUCUUUAGCCUCUUCGAUUAUUAAUAUAAAAAUAUCACCUAUGUAUUCGUUGGAUUCUGAUUCACUGAGUUCUAGUGAAAGUUCAGAAAUCAGGUUUGACGAAAAUGGAACUUUAAAAACUCAUGGUGUCUUUACAAACCAUAAUGGUAAUAACACUUCAACAGAACAUCAACAAAGAAUUUUAGAACUAAGUAAAGAAGAAAACUCCGAAAAGCAUAAGGAGAUAACUGCAUUACCAGAAUUAGUCAAUAAAAUUUAUAAAGAUUUCUCAGAUGAUGAGGCUUAUCCUUUACCUCGUGUUACUGCAGAUCCCACAAACAAAGUUGAUUCUGACGAUAUUAGAAAUAUGAUUUUGGGACACAAUAAAAAUGAAUAUCCAUAUAACGUAGUUUUAUCUCCAAUAAAGAAUAAACAACGGAUAGAAAAAACCAUAAAAUUUAAAGACACAGGAAGUAAAGAGGACGCAAAAACAAAUGAUAUGUAUUCAGAUAACAAAAAUUCUAAAAAAGAAUAUAGCUGUAAAAAUGAUUAUUCAGACGCCUUUUCGGAUGGUUCAGAUUCAUCCAAAUUAGAGACAGCUUCCUUUGUUUGGAAUACGGGAAAUAUGAAUAAAUAUGACAUAACACCAAUCCAUCCUGGCAAAUCUUGCGACCAUUUGCUGAAAAAUAAAUCAAAGUAUAAAAAUGCUAAGGCCAAAGAUUUUCUUUACAUGGAUAACGACGUUACUUUGGACUAUGAGUCCAACAGUUCAUCGACAGAUUGUUGCAAAAGUAAUAGAAAUAUUCCUUUCAUAAAGGAAUAUAAUACAUCUUGUAAAUGUGGAAUGAAAACAACGACACAUGAAAGUGAUUGCUAUGAAUGUAUUGAAAAUAAAAUGGAACAGACUUGUAAACACUUAGAAAAAGUGGCUAGUCGAUAUGAAGAUUAUUUGGCGAAUUAUUGUAGAGAUAACCAAAACGACAACAUACGAAGUCCCACGGAAUAUUUACAAUAUUUAGUGCAGUUAAGAAGGAAAGUUGUGAAAGAAUCUCUUAGUACAUGUAGUACAGGAACAAUAUCGUCCGAUUAG